CCACGCGACCGUGCUCGGCCCCGGGGCUGCCCGGGGGUUCGCGAGCCCCAUGGGCGCCGGCCGGGCGUCGGGGGAGCAGUGGCAGCCGCUCCGGCACUCGCCUUUCGCCGCGGGCGUUCAGCUGCAGCCGCCAGACGGGCCCGGGGACGCCGGGCCGGAGGAGCUGGAGGAGGACGAUGCAUUUACCGGAGUGCACGUGCCGGCGGCCGCCUUCCUGAGCUCCGGGACCCCCGGGGGCGGGAGCGGCAGUCGGGGCCGCCUCAACUCGUUCACUCAGGGAAUCCUACCCAUCGCCUUCUCCAGGCAGACCUCGCAGAACUACUGUUCGCUGGAGCAGGCGGGUCCGGGGAGCGGCUCCAGCGCCUUCGAGCAGCUGCAGAGGUCCCGACGUCGCCUCAUCUCCCAGCGAUCAUCCUUGGAGACCCUGGAAGACAUUGAGGAGAACGCCCCUCUACGGAGAUGUCGAACUCUCUCAGGUUCCCCCAGACCAAAGAACUUUAAGAAGAUUCAUUUUAUCAAGAAUAUGCGGCAGCAUGAUACCAGGAAUGGCAGAAUAGUCCUUAUCAGUGGCAGAAGAUCCUUCUGUAGUAUAUUUUCAGUGCUGCCGUAUCGGGACAGUACCCAAGUUGGAGAUUUGAAGCUGGAUGGAGGGAGACAAUCAGCAGGAGCCGUGAGCCUGAAAGAGAUCAUCGGCCUGGAAGGCGUGGAGCUGGGUGCCGACGGGAAGACUGUUUCUUACACCCAGUUUCUGUUGCCCACGAAUGCCUUCGGAACACGGAGAAACACCUUAGACUCCACGUCCUCCUUCUCCCAGCUCCGUACCCUGAGCCACCGCAGCCUCUCCAUCGGCCGGGCGAGCAGCACCCAGGGGAGCCUCGACACGGGUAGCGACCUGGGAGACUUUAUGGACUACGACCCGAAUCUCCUGGAUGACCCCCAGUGGCCUUGUGGCAAGCACAAGCGAGUUCUCAUCUUCCCUUCGUACAUGACCACAGUGAUUGACUACGUGAAGCCCUCCGAUCUCAAGAAGGACAUGAACGAGACCUUCAAGGAGAAGUUCCCUCACAUUAAGUUAACACUCAGCAAAAUCCGGAGCCUGAAACGAGAGAUGCGGAAGCUCGCCCAGGAGGACUGUGGCCUCGAGGAGCCCACGGUGGCCAUGGCAUUUGUCUACUUUGAGAAGCUCGCCCUCAAGGGAAAACUGAACAAACAGAACCGGAAGCUUUGUGCCGGCGCUUGCGUGCUCUUAGCGGCCAAAAUCGGAAGCGACCUCAAAAAGCAUGAAGUCAAGCAUUUAAUUGACAAACUGGAAGAGAAGUUCCGGCUGAAUCGACGAGAACUGAUCGCCUUUGAGUUCCCAGUGUUGGUGGCCUUGGAGUUUGCCCUUCACCUCCCAGAGCACGAAGUUAUGCCUCACUACAGACGCUUGGUCCAGAGCUCCUAGCACAGGCCUCUUGGGAGGGCCAGGGACCAUUCCUUCUGAGCCCGGGGUGGUAGCACCAUACUACUGGAAAUGCAGAACUAGAACUCGACAUAGCAAACUUGUUUUCCUCUCAACAUUUGUUUCUGUACAGAAGCCGUACCGGGAACUUUUCAGGGAGUCUUCCAUCUGGCUAGACGAGAUGGGCAGUGAGCUGAUUACUGCUCAACCAGGAAGGGGAGACCCAUUCAGAAGAUGGCUUCCCCAGCAGGAGCACGAGGCCCCACUGGGACUCCCUUGCAGCCACACCCAGACCUUGCAGGCGUGGUCCAGGGCCUUCUCUCCGGACCCGUUCCAACUCAGAGUGCGAAGUCCUAGAGCAGAUCGUGGAAGAGAAUUCGUGGAAGUAGGGGGAAAGCUUCUAGAAAAUUCCCUCACUGUAUCGAAAGAGCGUGCCAAUCUAUUUUUAUAGCCGCUGUUGGAAGUGCACUUUCCCUUGGAGGAGUGUAUGGAGAAGCGUGAGAGUCUGUGUGUUUGAGAGAUGCUGAAUCAGCCUCCACCUGCAAAGCCAGCCCCACCUGUGGACCCCAGCCUGGAGUCAUACUGACCUUCGGCAGUUGUUUCUAGAUAAAUCUCUGGAUAACCAUCACUCUCUCCAUACCAGAUGGAUAUCCUCUGCCCUUAGAAAAUCAUAUAGUUUCUGUUUCUGCCCCCAUUACCACUAACGGGACAGAGGCGACAAGUUGUCACUGUCAGACGGGCUGCGUGGAAAGGUGUGGCGUGCGACACUGUGUACCUUUCCACUGUCACACCUUGUGUGUGCAUUGAACCUUUGCACUUUUCUCCUGUGGACAGGCUGGGGCUGGGCUCCGUGGUGUGUAUUCCUGUGCUCUAUGUUAGAGUGCAUCACAGGCACAUUUCUUGUGCUAUCUAUCUAUAUCUAUAUAUAUAUAUAUAUAUAAAGUGUUUUAUAAAAUCCAGAAUAGGGAUAAGACGCAUGGUUGGUGUCUUGAGACUUUUUGACAUCUGGGACAAACUGCCUCUUGAACUGAGGUUGAGUCGAUCAAAGAGGCAGCAACUCUUAGCAUCACCAUGUCCCCAGGGCUGUUAGUGCAGAGGUUUCAUUGCAACUUGUACCAAUUUACUGGGGCAACCUGCACGGAGGCCUCUCAACAUGUCAUCACCUCGUAGCUGCUAGAGAGGUGCCUGCUGGGAUUCACCUGACACAAGGAAGCCUGUGGCCCUGUAAAAAGAGAAUUAAAAUAUUUUAUGAUUUCUA